ACUGCUCUUAUCGGAGAAAUAGAGAGAGAGCGAGAAAUCAAACGGUGAUCAAUCAGAGCUUUUUUCUGCUAAAUUAAAAAAAAAAUGGAGGGUAAGGAAGAAGAUGUUAAAUUGGGAGCCAACAAGUAUAGAGAGACGCAGCCGAUUGGAACGGCGGCUCAGAGCCAAGAUGACAGCAAGGACUACAAAGAGCCGCCUCCGGCGCCGCUGAUUGAGCCAGGUGAGCUGACUUCAUGGUCUUUUUACAGAGCUGGUAUCGCCGAGUUCGUUGCCACGUUUCUCUUCCUGUACAUCACCGUUUUAACGGUGAUGGGAGUGUUCAAAGAUCCAACGAAGUGUACAACGGUCGGGAUUCAAGGGAUCGCUUGGGCAUUUGGAGGCAUGAUCUUCGCCCUCGUUUAUUGUACCGCCGGUAUCUCAGGUGGUCAUAUAAACCCAGCAGUGACCUUCGGGCUGUUCCUGGCGAGGAAGCUUUCACUGCCGAGAGCAUUGUUUUACAUGGUGAUGCAGACGCUUGGUGCAAUUUGUGGCGCUGGUGUAGUGAAAGGGUUUUAUGGUGACCGGUACGACCAACUUGGCGGUGGAGCUAACUCCGUUAACCCUGGUUACACCAAAGGUGACGGUCUUGGGGCUGAGAUCGUGGGAACUUUCGUCCUCGUUUACACUGUUUUCUCUGCAACUGAUGCUAAACGUAACGCCAGAGACUCCCAUGUCCCUAUUUUGGCACCUUUGCCAAUUGGGUUCGCUGUGUUUUUGGUUCACUUGGCCACAAUCCCCAUAACCGGAACCGGUAUUAACCCAGCUAGGAGUCUCGGUGCUGCAAUCAUCUUCAAUAAGGAAAGGUCCUGGGAUCAUCACUGGAUUUUCUGGGUGGGACCAUUUAUUGGUGCGGCACUUGCGGCUCUAUACCACCAAGUCGUGAUCAGAGCCAUCCCUUUCAAAUCAAAGUGAUGAUAUGGAAAAAAUCUCAUGAUGAUCAACACUGAUGCUUGUAAUUUGUGACCGUUGAUGUUCCAAUGAUCCCAAAGAUAAGAAGGAGGAAAGAAAAGGAAAAAAAGAAAAAGAAAAAAAAGAAAAUCCAAUAACUUUAUGCAGUUAUCUGGCUUUUGGCUCUGUGUAUUUGUAUUAUGUAUCUAAGAAUUGUAAUAUUAUCAUCCUAUGUGUUUUUGAAGGGACCCUUUUCCUGUCACUAUUUUUUUAUAUGGUUUAAAGGGACCCAGUUUAUGUGAGUGGGCAUUGUGUGUAUGGUUGUGAUGAAUUUUGUGUAAUUUUAAAUUGGAAAAUAACGUCAAGUUUACCUGCUCUGCUCUA